AUGACCACUUUCUCCGCUCCGGUCCCUGCUACCAAAUCGCUGCCCACCAACCAGUCGGCGCUGGCGGCAUCCUUCACCAACUUCCUUACCGUCUCUGUCCACCAAAUACUUUUCCUGCGAUCCGUCUACCCUCGCGCGACCUUUCUGCCGGUGCGGGCAUACAAUUAUCCCGUCCGACAAUCCCGUCAUCCGAAAGUGUGUGACUAUAUCAACGAUGCAUCGAUCGCAGUCGGGACAGAGAUCUUAAAAGGCACCAUCACAGCCGUCAGUAUUAUCAUUUCAUCUCUCCGCACAAAUCAACCCCUCGAACGAUACGCCUUUGAUCUGUCAGGGUUCCCUCGGGCACCGGCAGGCGAGGUGAAUACUACGUUUGAAAACAGAAAUGAAGAUUCAUCUAUGCCAGGUGCUACCGUCUCAGACCGGGGCCCCGCGCCAACCUCGGUCGACCUCGAGUCGCAAUUUCGGGCUUGUUUGGCCCGUCUCGCGUCCGCCUGCGCGCGAUUGACACCGCUGCCGCGGGAUGACGAAUUCAGCUUCACCGUGUGCAUCGAAGUACGGGAGGAUGCUUUACCUCCGGCGGGCACCACUAAGGAAGAACAAACAUGGAUUGUUGCCGAGCCCGGCAAGGUGCACCUACGAUCCUGCACCGCGCCCUUCUCGGUGUCGAAAGUACGCAACGGUGAGCCCCAGCGGCCACCCCCUCCGGUCUCGAAUGGCCGCGCCAAAACGGUACCCGUACGACGUGUGGAGGCUGGGGAGCUUCGGUUGGAGUUGUGGGUAGAGGAGGCACGGCAGAAGUUUAACGAACCGGUGGAUUCAGAAAAACCGUCAUGA